AUGGACAACGACAACGAUCGUACACCGGAGGCAUUAUCGGAGGAUUCGGAUUCGGAGUUUGAAGACGGCGGUGACGGUGUGAAUUAUAGUGCGAAUUUUGUCACAGGCACGUUUUUUCCAACGUUUGAUGAUGCUGUUAAAUGGGCAGAUGUUGUUUCCAUAAAUCUUGGGUUUAUUUUGGUUAAAUCGUCUUACAACAAAACUAGAGAUGGUAGGCCAUAUCGUUGGAAGUUCCGGGCAAAAAAUGAUGCAAUUGGGACCCAUAACCAUCCAAUGAUUGUGUAUCAGGAGGGUCAUCGUAAAAUUAGUGGCUUGAGCCCGGAUGCAAUGAAGGUUGUGCGUGACAUGACAAAGUCUAAGGUUGCACCGCGUAACAUCAUGGCAACUAUUGCAGAGCAAUUCCCUGAUGAUCAUCCAAACAUUAGACACAUUUACAAUUGCCGGAAUGACUUGAGAACGGAGAUGUCUGGAGUUGUUCAGCAAUUUCUUGAAUUGGCGAGACAGAGUCAGUAUAUUUACUAA